AUGCUUUUCUUUACCUGGCGCCCAGCAGCAACUCCCGCUUUGAGAAAGUCCUAUUUUCAGGCGGCAUUGGUUUGUGGGAGUGUUUACUGGGUUGCUGGUUUCGCAGCCAAAUAUUUCCCAGGGUCGAACGGGCUUGAUAUCGAGUUUGGUGGUCCUGGGUUCCCUCAAACUUACCCCUUUACCACAUUCCUCGGACUCGGUAUUAUGGGAAGUCUUCUUGAGCUUGGGACUGUAAAUUCGACAUGGAGUCUCUUUCCCAACUUGUUACAAGUUGGAAAGAUAUUUUGCAAGCCUCAGAACUAUGAGGCACACCCUGACAUAUCCAAUUUGAACUCAUCUUCACAGCUUCCCAUUGCUGGAGGCACUCAUCUCCUCGACAUCACCGUGGUAACCCCCGUGCUCUACGCUGCAGGCAAGGAUAUCAUCUUCUACACCGCAUCAUGGGGUCAUCAUAGAGACAUUGGCGGAUACCAGGGUAUAUCGGGCAACGCAAACGCGAGAGAAACUUUCCAGGAGGGUGCCAGUAUCAUCAGUUUCAAACUUGUUUCCAACGACAAUUUCGACGAGGAAGGCAUGCGGAGGAUCUUGAUUGAUGACCCUGCUCCGUACCCCGGCUGUCUGGGCAUAUCUAGCAUCUAUGACAACCUGUGGGAUCUGCGCGCUCAGGGUGCAGCCAAUGCCAAGGGCGCGGCCCUGAUCCAGGCCAUGUUCGAAGGGCAUCCCAGAGAGAUCCAAGCCAACGCCGAAAUUGCGGUACCUAAGUUUUUCCAAGACACCUCAAAUAAGCUGGGUGGCCUUACAUUGAAGGAUUUUGACUGUCUCGACAAUGGAAGCCGUAUCCAACUCGAGAUUCGCAUAAACAAGGAUGGAAGCGCCGCGUUUGACUUCACAGGCAUUGGCCCUGAGGUUGUCGGGAACAACAAUGUGCCCAAGAACAUCUGCCUCUCCGCGAUUAUUUAUUCUCUCCUAUGUCUCAUCAACGAGGAGAUACCUCAUAAUCAGGGCUGCCUGUCUUCUAUCGAGGUCAUCAAUCCUGAAGGAAGCAUUAUCAACCCCUCCGAACAUGCUGUAGCCUAUGCAGGAAACACACAAACCAGCCAGCGAAUUGUUGACGUGAUUUUGAAGGCAUUCGAAGCUUGUGCUGCUGGUCAUGGCUACAUGAAUAGUGUGGGUGUCUAUGGUGGCCGAAACGUGAAGCCAGGUGAUGGUUACAAAUUCGCAUAUGGUGAGACCAUUUACGGGGGAUCUGGAGCUGAUCCAAACUAG